UCGAAAACUAAAAAAUAUUUCCCUGUAAAAUCAGGACGGGAAAAAAUUGAAUUCCGUCGAAAGAAGAGAAAGGGAGCAGCUAGGGUUUCAACACCCCCAAAUUUCUCGAAAACGACACCGCAGCGGGGAGCUCUCCUCCACCUCCAUCGUCACCAGCUUCAACAAAUAGUGAAUUUCUAGCUAGCUAUCGAGUUAGGUAAUUUGUUCAGGUCUUUGUUUAGGGUUCCCCUGAAAAAAUGGGGGCAACUGUAAAAAGGAGUGAAGAAAUUAUGGAAGAACAAUAUUCUCUAUUUUGCUGGUUCUUUUUAAAUUUUUCUUCUUUUGUAUAGGUAGGAAAUAGAACAGAAUGGAUUAUGGUGUGCCUGACCAAAACGUCGCCGUUUACGGCGAAGAUGAACCGCAGUAUGAAGGGCAUUACGACGCAGAAGAGGGGAACUACGGUUCAAUUGAUAACAUAGAUGAUAGUGCAGGCAUAAAGCAUGAUUCUUCGUCGUCUGCAGGAAAACUUUUCGUCGGCGGCAUUGCUUGGGAGACUUCUGAAGAUUCCUUCAACAGGUAUUUUAGCAAGUAUGGGGAAAUUACAGAUUCUGUGAUAAUGUUGGACAAAAUCUCAGGAAGACCUCGUGGUUUUGGAUUUGUAACUUUUGCCGAUCCAGAAGUUGCUGACAAGGUUUUGCAGGAAGAACAUAUCAUUGAUGGUAGAGCGGUUGAAGUGAAGAGAACAGUCCCUAGAGAGGACAUGCAAGGUAGAGGAGGAGUGUCAAAGACAAGGAAAAUAUUUGUGGGUGGCCUUCCAUUGUCAUUAAGUGAAGAUGAUUUGAGGGAUUAUUUCUCUUCAUAUGGUAACAUUGUCGAGCACCAAAUUAUGUUGGACCACAAAACUAAUCGGUCAAGGGGCUUUGGAUUUGUGACCUUUGAAAGUGAAGAUGCUGUAGAAAAAAUAUUCUCUGAUGGUCGUAUGCAUGAACUUGGUGGAAAGCAGGUCGAGAUAAAGAAGGCCGAGCCAAAGAGAUCAGGGUUUGAUAAUUCAAAUGAAGGUCGGUUUCGUCGUGGAAGUAGCAGUUCAAGAUCUUCUGGCAAUUUUGCUGGUGGUUCAGAAGGUUUUGGUGGUGGCUAUGGUGGAAAAAUGGGAAGAGGAGGUUAUGGUGGUUAUGGAAGCUACGGUGGCUACGGUGGGUAUGGAAACUUCCCUGGAAAUUAUGCUGGUGGAGCUUCAGGAUUUUAUGCUGCUGCAGCAGCAGGAUAUGGUGGAUAUGGUUAUGGUUACGGAUAUGGUGGACCGAUGUAUGGCGGUGGUGCAUUUGCAAGUGGUGGAUUUGGGGCUCCCGUUGGUUACGGUGGAGUUGCUGGAUACGGUGUAGGUAAAGGCUAUGGUGGCGGCCCGGGUGGUGGAUAUGAUGGCAGUAAAGGCUUUGGAGGUAGCAGCAGCGGUGGUAGUGGAGGGUAUGGCCCCGUAAAAGGUUAUGGAGGUGGUGCUGGUGGCGGCGGGAGUGCGGGUGGAGGGGGGGGAGCCAGUGCUGGUGGAUAUGGAGGUGCCAGUGGCAAAGGAUACAGCAAUGGCAACGGCAACAGCACAAGCGGCCGGUUCCACCCCUACCGGAAAUGAGCCCUGCUGAACUUUUAGAGGUAGAUGUUCUGAUUUUUCGAAGUGUAGGACUGAUCUGCUAAGAAAAGCUGCUUUUUUAUUUUUUAAGUUGGUAGUGUUUUUACUUAUACUUGAAUUAUGGUGCCACUCGAUAGCUGUAAUUUUCUGAUCCUGGGAUUAUUAUUUUCCACCUUGUAAAGCUUGUUAUCUUUACAGGAUUAUUGUUGUGCUUA